CAUUGUUAUUAGUUCCGAAACAUCUCCAAAGAAACGGAGUUUUCACUGAUUGCCCUUUAGAUUAGACAGUACUUCUUUGGAAAUCUGAAUACUAUUUAUUUAUGACGGUUGCAAGUUUUUAUUUUUAAAUCCAUCCUGAAAGAUGUAAUGCUAUGACAUAGUGACAUUUAAAUGUCAGUAAACCUGUUACUUAAUGUAAGCCUGCAGGAAUUAUAAAAUGUCAAAAUUAGAAUCAAGUGGAUUUUCUGUGAUCCUCUACAAAAGACGAUGGUUCGCAUUGUUCAUUUUUUGUUUUUGUUCAUUCGCAAAUGCUUAUCAAUGGAUUCAUCUUAAUAUAAUUUCUGAUCGAGUUUUAUUUUUCUGGAACGCCUCUAUUCCGGGUUCGACAGAGGAUGUUCGCCAAAUCGCCGUUGAUUGGUUAUCAAUGAUCUACAUGCUGACGUAUAUUCCAUUAAUAUUUCCAUCUACAUGGAUACUUGAAGGAUGGGGUCUACGAGUAACUCUACUGGUUGCAACAGCAUUGAAUGCAGUUGGUGCAUGGACAAAGUGUGUUGCUGGCGCUGUCACUUAUGAACCAAACUUAGGAUUGACUAAUGAAGUUAUUCCCAUAACUCAUAAAUUUGGUUUCCCAAUACUUAUGAUUGGACAGACUAUCUGUGGAAUCGCUCAAUCAGGCAUACUAGGUAUACCCGCACAUUUAGCUGCAAUAUGGUUCGGCGAGAAUGAAGUUUCGACAGCUACUGCUCUUGGUGUAUUCGGUAAUCAAAUUGGUGUAGCUGUUGGCUUUUUAGUACCUCCACUUAUUGUUCCUAUGCUACCGUACGUUAUCGAUGAAACUUCAGGUAACCCAACAAAUAUACUGGAUCCUAGUGUGGAUGUGAUACAAUUGUUCAACAGAAUUAAAUAUUACACAAUGAUACAAUUAUACUUUAGCGCUGCUUUAAAUACCCUACCCUUCAUCGCGGUCAUGUUCUUCUUUCGUGCAAAACCACCAACAGAACCAAGUAUAGCUCAGUACAAACGUACAGCCCAACCGGAUAGGCAUAAAAUAAAACUGGAGGAUAAACUAGCCAACAUAAAAUCGAAUGGAGCCCAUUCAGCAAUUAGUCCGCACGUUAAAAGUAAUAAUGACAAUAUUGACAAAGAAUUCUAUUUUAAAUCACCCGAUUCCAGUCAUUUCCCAGCUCUCAAUUCAAAUGCCUAUGAGAUAUCUUCUAUAAACCAGAAUGCCAGUGGUGGUGACCGUACGGAUAAUGAUUUUGUUGUCGAAAUGGAUGAUAACAGAAACAGCCAUUCUUUUGAAUCAUUAAGGCGGGGCGGUAAAGAUGCAACGGUCUGGGCUGCCUUGAAACGUUUAUUCAGAAAUCAAUGGUUUGUUUUAUUGUUUAUAAGCUAUGGUAUAAUUACUGGUGUUUACUAUGCGGUGGGUACGUUGCUGAACAGUAUACUCCUGGAAUAUUUUACAGAUUCUAGUCAAUUCGGAUGGGCUGGUUUUACAAUGAUUGUCGCUGGUAUCUUCGGAUCUGUAUUGGCUGGUGUCAUUUUGGAUAAGACAAAAAAAUUCAAACUGGUCACUUGUACUAUCUAUAUUCUCAGUUUAUUAUCGAUGGUUUUUGUUAGUAUGUUCUCCUUAGGCUUCUUUAUGACUGGUUACUUAAGUUUGGGUUUUGAAUUAGCCGCAGAAUUAACAUAUCCAGAAAGUGAAGGUUUCUCCUCUGGUCUAUUGAACACAUCAGCACAGAUAUUCGGUCUUAUUUUGAUACAUGUGGCAACUACCUUACGAACACAUUAUGGAGUUCUACCAGGCAAUCUAUUUCUCACUGCCCUGUUACUGCUUGGAUCAAUAUUAACAGUAUCGAUCAAAGAGAAUCUUCUUCGUCAACAAGCUCAUGAGCGAAUGAAUAAACUGUUAACAAAAGAAGUUACCUAG